AUGUUUAAUACAGAUAAGAUCAUCCAAACAUCCGAGUUUAGAGAAAACCUUCAGCCAGCUCUAGUUUUAUGCGGAGCCAUUGCUUCAUCUAUUGCUGCUCCAUCAUUUAAUGACCAUGUAUUGCCUUUAGUGAAGUCACAAGCAAAACAACAGAAAUCAUUUGUGUUCAAAUUAGCUAAUUUUCAGAAAUCCUUAACUAAAAACUUGACUUUGAAGAACCAACGAGCAUCGACCGAGGCUCUGUCGCCACACUCAGACGAUGAAACAUCCGUUUCGGCUGGCACACCUAAGCAUCGACACAGAUCUGCGUCCUUACCGAAAAGCAUUUCAAAAAUGAACAGUAUGUCAUUGCUGUCAGAUGAAUCAGCAGAUGAUUAUUCUGAAAGGGGUAUGAGCUUUGAAUUAGAGAAAGAGUUGAAUAGACUUGAAAUGUCCAAUGAGAAGCUUCUGUCUUCCAAUCUAAGUGAAAUCGAAGAAACGUUAAGAAUUAAUACCAUUAUAAAAUCGAAGAAGCGCAUUAUAUCUGCUAGUAAUCAGAAGCCGCUGAUUGUUAGAGACCUUUUCAAAUCAAAUGACCCUUACAAUAUCAAUUAUCAUUCCUUGCCCGAUUUGUCUUCCCCCACCGAAACAGAGCUUAAGCCUUAUAUAUUUCCUGCAGAAUCGGAAUCUUCAUUAGUGAUCUCACGGACCACUUCGGCAACUGGUUUAAGAAGGCAAAGCUCCCAAAAAUCCAACGAUGCUUCGGUUUCUACCUACAAUAACCUUUCCAAACGUUUAUAUGUCAACUAUACAAAAAAGGAAACCGCCUUUAUUAUGGCAUUGCAAAAUAUUUCGGUGCGCCUUUCACAGGUACCAAAAGAGGCACGACUUUCAGCCCUUCGUGCAGAAUUAUCAAUUAUAAACGAUAGCUCUUUGCCGUCUGAAGUAGACAUUCCGCAAUUGUUGCCAAUCACAAGCAAUCGGAACAAAAAAUAUCACAAAAUUCUUAAGCUCAACAUAAACGAGGCAUGCGUUUUAAAUUCAGCCGAGAGAGUUCCUUUUUUGCUUCUCGUUGAAUAUCUCAGUGACGAAAUUGAUUUCAAUCCAUUGACGGAAUACAAUCAAAGAAUUUUGGACAAUACAUCAAAUAAUCAGAUUCCGACACGAAUUGGAGAAAUCACAAGGGAAAACGAAUCAGCGGACUUUUUAGCCUCACAAAGCUCAAUAUUUAGAUCAGAAACGAUGUCGACACCAGUACCGGAUGAGACGGAUCUAAGUGAAUUACCAAUGAAUAGCAGCUCUCCGAAACCUUCUAAUGAUUUAUUCAAAACCGAUUCGUUGUUCACAGAAGAGUCAAGAAUUCUUCGAGAAAGUUCACCUGGGAUUUCCGAAACCUCAACCAAAGCAUUGGCCAAUCAAAUGAGAAUCGCUUCCGUUAUGUUACAACAACUACAGAAUGCGGGUAAACCUGAUUGUGAACAAUCACGCGCGAUUAAAGAUAGAAUUGUUCAAUCGAUGAUUUCGUUGCAGGAUCAAUUUGAUGAUAUAGAUUUCCAGAAACUAAACGAACUCCAAGGAGACGUUCCGAAUGCUGGUGAGCGUAAAUUGGAAAAUGAUUUCAAAUUGGGCGAGGAUUGGAAUACUAAAAAGAACAGGAUUCGUAAUUCAAGUAUUUACGGACAUUUACCAAAUUGGGAUUUGUGUUCAGUGAUUGCGAAAAAUGGAGAUGACCUUCCCCAAGAGGCUUUUGCAUGCCAGUUGAUAACCAUGAUAUCAAAUAUUUGGAAGAAAGACGCAGUUGGUGCCUGGACAAAGAGAAUGAAAAUCUUAAUCACAAGUGCAAAUACCGGACUUGUAGAGACUAUUACCAACGCAAUGUCGAUUCAUUCGAUUAAGAAGUCACUAACGGACAUAUCUAUUAAGAAUGGGGAGAAUGAGAAAGGCAGAAUUUUUACGCUCCUGGACUAUUAUAACAAAGUAUUUGGAGAUUCAACUGCCAAGCCAUUUAAGCAAGCUCAAGAUAAUUUUUCACGCAGUUUAGCUUCCUACUCCAUUAUCUGCUAUGUUUUGCAAAUAAAAGAUAGGCAUAAUGGUAACAUCAUGGUUGAUAGCGAAGGUCAUAUAAUUCACAUUGACUUUGGGUUUUUACUUUCUAAUUCCCCUGGUAGUGUUGGGUUCGAGGCAGCACCUUUCAAGUUAACAUCUGAAUACGUUGAGCUUCUUGGCGGGUUGGACAGUCCCGUCUAUUUGAAAUUUGUCGAUCUUUGCAAAAAAUGCUUCCUUUCCUUGCGUCGGAAUAGUAAUCAAAUAAUUGACAUAGUUGAACUUAUGCAGAAAGAUUCGUCUCUCCCAUGUUUUAAUAAUGGUGAAAACACCAGUGUCUUAUUACAACAACGCCUUCAAUUGCAGCUAUCAGAGGAAGAAGCAGAGCAGUAUGUGGAAACCUUCUUAAUAGGAAAAAGUAUUGGUAGCAUGUACACAAGGUUGUAUGACCAAUUCCAAAUGAUAACUCAAGGGAUUUAUAGUUAG